GGCGGACAGGCGACAGCGGACAGGUCUCUAAAGUGCCGGUGUACCGCAUAGCAGUCAAAAGUGUAUAUUGUACAAAUAAUUUAAAACUAUUCUUGCCUCGAGAAAAUCGAGAGCUCGAAAAUUUGGAUUAAUAACCUACAUUUCGAGAACGAACUGGCACAUAUUUUCUAAAAAAAUAAUGACAUCGUCGAGAUUAUACAAUUCGAGGAAAAGUUGUAGUUCAAACAGUGGAAGCGUUUGAGGGCUUAUCGCAGAGGGACGGAAGGGCAGGGAGAGAGAGAAAGAGAGAGCGGCGCAUCUUUUAGUCGCUGUGGUGUAAACCGAGUCGAGCGCGAACGCGGGUGUGUGACAGUCCGACGGGGAAUCGGUGACAGUUUCGAGUUUAGUUGAGCUCCGGUAGAGCCAAAGUGACGAAACAGGAAGGUUUAGUAAGUUUUCGGUUUAGUUGGCCGAUGAACGCCAACGGGUGAACGCGAGUGUGAAUUGAUACAUAGUAAUAUCAUUAGUUUGGUGUGGUGUCGGGUGAACCGACAGAGAGAAAGAGAAAGAGCGAGAGAAAAAUAGAGAGAAGCACGACGAGAGAGGGAGGGAGUGAGUGAGUGACGGGGAGGCUGUUCGCCAAGCGUAACGUCCCGUUCGUGACCGAUACUCCGAAGACCCUACCUGGUUCAACGUUUCGGUCGAGGGUGAGGAAAACAAGGAUCUACCCCAUUGUUCUUCUCGUCAAGAGUCUUCGUUCCGCAUUAAAACUAUACGUACUCUCGACGCACGGUUUCUUCGUUAUAACGUGGUCGUCAGCUGGCGGAGCCUCGAGGAUGGCCGACACGAGUCAACACGAGGAGCUCUCGGAGCCACAUACUAAUGGAGUAAUGGAUGGACUGACCGAGGAGGAGAAAAGUAAAAUGAGACCAGCCGAUAUAGAUGCGGAUAUGCGAGAAAUGGAGAGAAGGAAGAGGGUCGAAAUGAUGAUGAAUUCGAGAUUAUUUCGAGAAGAGCUGGAGCGAAUUAUCGAGACUCAGAUGAAGGAUGGUUCCGGACCUUCGGGCUUGUUGCAACAAAUUUCCGAAAUGAUGGGUGCCCAAGGUGCUCGAUUUAACUCCAAUGUGUUCAAAAAUUCAAAUUGCGUCGUGCCAAUUAACGACAUUCGAGGUGUAGAGAGCAUGGGCUACGCAAAGGGUGAAAAAAUACUUCGUUGUAAACUCGCAGCCGUAUUUCGAUUGCUCGAUCUUUAUGGCUGGACUCAAGGCGUUGGUGGUCAAAUAACAGCUCGUCUCAAUCAGGACCAGGAACAUUUUCUCGUCAAUCCUUAUGGUCUUCUCUAUCACGAGGUCACCGCGUCGAGCCUCGUCAAAGUCGACAUGAAAGCCACGGUCGUGGAACAGGGAACGACGAAUUUUGGUGUUCACGUAACUGGAUUCCAAUUACACUCUACGAUACAUGCUGCCAGACCAGAUAUCAAGUGCAUCAUUCACAUCACUACACCCACUGUUACCGCGGUAUCAUCGUUAAAAUCCGGCCUUCUUCCACUAGGCCAAGAGAGCAUAGUGAUUGGUGAAGUAAGCAGUCAUCGGUACAUGGGUGAGAGCGUACUCGAGCCGGAAGAGCGUGAAAAGAUAACGCGAAAUCUUGGACCGAUAAACAAAGUAAUGCUACUUACGAAUCGUGGGGCGCUCUGUUGCGGCGAGACCGUGGAGGAAGCUUUUUACAAUGUUUACAAUACGGUAUUGGCCUGUGAAACCCAGCUCAAAUUAAUGCCCGUUGGCCUUGAAAAUCUCAGUCUCAUUUCGGACGAGGAGAAAAAAGCGAUCUACGAAGCAUCGCGAAAAGGACUCGGGGUAGCGGCCAGUGGUACUGCCGCUUCUGCCGCUGCCGUUGAACCUUCUCCUCUGGCUGAGAAACUCGAAAAACGUUGGAGAAUCGGUGGCACGGAAUUUGAAGCUCUCAUGAGAAUGCUCGACAAUGCUGGAUUCCGAACUGGCUACAUAUACAGACAUCCGUUGGUCAAAGGUGAACCACCUCGUCCCCGCAACGAUGUUGAAGUUCCUCCUGCCGUAUCCUCGUUAGGAUACCUUCUCGAGGAAGAAGAAUUGUACAAACAAGGACUAUGGAAAGGUGGUCGCAAAGGGACAGACAGAUCACGCUGGCUCAACUCACCAAACGUAUAUCAAAAAAUCGAAAUACAAGAAACAGGGACGCAGGAUCCGAAAAAAAUCACCAAGUGGGUGGAUCAGAGCGCUGAGGAGUGGGUGUCUGAUGGAUCGCCGACGCACAGCAGCACACCGGUCAAGAUCGAUGGUGCCCUACAAUUUGUGCCGAAGAACACCAACCCAAAAGAAUUUAAACAAUUGCAACAACAGAUUAAAGAUUAUCGCAGGGCUGACAAAAUAUCAGCGGGCCCUCAGUCUCACAUUCUUGAAGGAGUAUCCUGGGAAGAGGCGAAAAAGAUGCAGGACGCCACAAUUAGCGGAACAGGAGAACAAGUGGUGCUCGUAGGUGCAGCCAGCAAAGGAAUAAUACAACGAGGAUUUCAGCACAACGCAAUGGUAUACAAAACUCCAUACGCGAAAAAUCCCUUUGACGCGGUAACCGAUCAGGAACUUGACCAAUACAAAAAAGAGGUUGAACGCAAACACAAGGGAGGAGAUCCAUAUGACGAGUCCCAGUCCGAAUCGGAAGCUUUGUCAUCCUUCAAUGUUAGCCGUGCGACCCAUGAAUCUAGCACUGCCAAAAGUCCCGUUCAGUCCCCCAUUUCCGUCACCUCGGAAACCGAAGAAGAGAGCAGAGAUGAACCUCGGGUAUUGCGGAUAGAAACGAAACAAGUGCCUGUUCCAAGCCAACCAGAAAUGGUGUUGAGUGACGCUGUUGCGAGUACUCAAUUCGUGGAAAAAUUACCUACUUCUUUUCAAGUACCACGGAACUCGGUUAGGGACGAAUUAACAGCUCAAGAUGCCACGAACCAAUUUCUCAAUGAGAUGAGACGAUCGGCUAUCGAAUCAAGGAACGACCACACCAGCCACAGACGAGGAGAAAACACGGUAAAUGGUGACCACUCUGACGCUCAUCAUAGCACCUUUUCUCAGAGCAGCAAAGAGGGUUCGAUGUCGCAGGAUGUGAGCGUCAGUGAGGAAUCGCCCAAGAAGGAAAAAAAGAAGAAGAAGGGUCUGAGAACACCGUCUUUCCUGAAGAAAAAAAAGGAGAAAAAGAAGCCAAUCGAGGCGUAGGUGUUCCGCAAAAUAGGUUUUUGCACAAAUCGCCGCAAAUGAAAGAGAUUAUCGUGAGCGAAGAAGCGCGAACAAAUUUCAUUCGAGUUUGGAGAUGAUCGAAAUAAAAAAACAAACAAAUGCGAAGGAGCAUACACGAGAAAAUGAAGCGAACAAUGAGUGAUCGAAUCGAAGGACCUGAAGAAAAAAUAAAUGAAAGCCGAGAGCUAUACAAUCACAGCAUCUUUCCAGGACUCAAGACUGCCAUCACACAUUAUACAUCUUCGAUAAGGAAAUUAAUUAUUAUAAUAUUGUUAAUGUUUUUACGUUUUUAAUUUGUUGAGCCUCGCGCGCGCGUGCUCCGCCUCGCAUGUACACACUCACACAAAGACACAUACCACUUGAAAGCCGGGGGCGAGAGAGGAAUGAAGAGAAAAAGUGACACGGAGAAAGAGAGAGAGAGGAAAAAAAUCGUGAAAUUAUUGGGCGGUUUAGCAACGCAUUUUCUUGUGUAGCGGGAAUUAUAUAUAUCUAUAUAUAAAUAUGCAUUGUUACGCCGAAAAGGCUCAAUGGAAAAAGUGAGUGAGAGAGAGAGAGAGAGUAAAACAAAUGACCGCAGAUGAGGCUUUACGAAAAUAACUGUAUGACGUACAACGUUUUAUAAUAUGAAUUUAACGAGCAUCCACAUAUGUCUAUUACAGCGAAUGUAACGAAGAUAUGAUGUUUGCGAUAUGAUGAGACCGAAUUGAAUUCCCGGAUAUAUAAAUAUUGAUGUAUAUGGAUAUACGAUUGAUUACUUCGUUCGUCCAUUUCAUCGUUGCACACGGUUUACAUCGAUUCACGAAUCCACACGACUUAGCUUUUCUCUUUCGUCUCUUUGUUUGUUGAAUCUAAUUAAGAGGAUGGAUCAGUGUUGGUAUAUCGCAACCGUGAGUGCGAGAGAGAUAGUUGCAAAUUUCGAAAUCGAGAUUCUUUGACAGAGUUUGAUUGAUUAAAAAAAGGUUCUGUCAGUCGAUUUUUGCCAUCGUUCUGCGUAGGCUGACAGAGCCUCUUUUUAAUCGAUCAAACUGUAUCAAAGAAUUUCGAUUUCGAAAAUAACAAGUGAGGUUAGUCGACUGAUCCAUACUCUUAAGACUGUGCGGCGUCCGAUUGGACGGAGUUAUAGUUCUGGUAAAGGUAGUCGCGGUCAACGCGACAUCUGGCGACGAAAAUCUUACCCAUUCCGAGUCGCCGAGCACAUAUUUUGUUGCGUGUUUUUUUUGUUGAAAGUAUGAUUUAAUUUUUCGAACUAUUUGUUUCAUAUUCAGACAGAAAUUUUUCCGCCUGUUUCACCUAUCACAUCGGACACUUUUUCCAGCAUGAGAUGUGACGUGUUGGGGAAAUAUCGCAAAAGUGUCGCUUGUACAAAUUACCUGUAGUCUCAAAAAAGGCCCCUCGAAUCGGGAGCACUCCUGUGUAUAAAAGGGAGUUCGAUAAAUAUCUACAAAUAUAUGGCUCUAAAAAACGAUGACUUUCUUUCAAACGUCUUUUAGAAAAUAGCAUUAAUAAAAAAUUGACAUAUUUGAAAUGAAAAAGAAAAAAAGGAGUACGAAGUGACUGUGAGCUGCCAUUUUUUGUCAUCCUGCGCUUUGAUCACCAAUUAAAUCGUGUUUCAACAAAGUUUAUUAUAUGAGUAUAUAUAUAUAUAUAUAUAUAAAUAGUCACAUUGAUCCGUUGGAAAUAUGUUUAUAAACAUACUUUUCCAGCGGGUUUAUAACAAGGGACUAAAUAUUCGACGACUCGAUUGAAAAAAAAGAUGUAUUGAUUCCAAACGAUUCGUGUAACAAGUCGAUCAUGUAAUUUUUAGAGCAAAAACAUUAUUUAUGACUCAUUUUGUCAUGAUAUACAUUCAUUGUGAAUGAAUUUCUGCAUUCGUACGCCCUCUGGCGCUCGAGAGUUCGGGAGCAUCGACACCAUCAUUAUUGUUAUUAUUAUUAUUAUUAUUAUUAUUAUUAUUAUUAUUAUAUUCAUUACUAUUUUUGAUUCUUGCGCUGCCUUGCAUCGGUUCGAACAUCAAUGUACAUCUCGUGUGUAACGCUCGAUGAAAUUACCCCGUCUCCCGUUUUGCGCUGCCUUUGACGACGAAAAAAAAAUAUAAAAUGGCCUAGGAAAGCUUCGCGAUGCGUCCGCAAGUGAACUGCGAGGGCUAUCGAUUAUGCAAAUCUGGCUGGCAAUAUGUAUUAGUAUAUAGUGAAAAAAAAAAAACAAUCGAAGCACAUAUGAGCUUAUCGUCGCAUUGCGUUAAUUUUUUGUCCGCCUAUGUUCGGCAGAGGGGAGGGAACAAAAAGCUUUAACAAAAAAUAAAGAGGAGCAACUCGCGCCCUCGGGAUUAACCUCGAUUCGCUUUACACCACACUCACGAACUACACACAAAACACACCACCCACACACGAUGAUAUUUAUCCGCAUUCUUUCUUCCCCGUUAAUGCGAGUUGCGAAAUUAAAUGAUAACAAAAAAACGACAAAUAGUUUAUUGAUUGUUGUCUCAAUUGCACCGCACCAAUGGAACACACGUAUAUCUCUCUGUGGCAGCGAGCAUUCCGAAAAAAAGAAAAAUGGCUCGAUCGCAUACACGCGAUAAACGUACCUCUCCUUCUUUUGUACAUUGAAUGAUUUGGUGAAACUCUUCUCUUGUGUGACACAUGUGCUAUAUACAAUUUUCUAUAUGCCAUGUUUCCACAUAUAUCUAUAUAUAUAUAUAUAUUAUAUUUACUAGAGUAAGGCAGUAAUCGUGUGUUGUCGUUUGCCGGAUUUGAAGUUCUGUGACGAUAGCAUCGGUCGACGCAGCGAUCGAGAAAUACUAGUAGCAAGGCACGAGCUCCUCUUCCCCCCUGCGAUCUGCGUAAAUUUGUAUGCUCGAUAUUUUUUUUAUAAUAUGAAAUAACGCCUUAUUAUGUUAGCUUUUAGUUGUGAAUAUGAUAUACGGUGUUAAACAACGUCGUCGCGAUCGUGGUUGCGCGUCGUAUUCAUCGUCUCAUCUACGAUUAUUUACAUCAUUUUCUAUUGUCUAAGUCCCCCAUCCCCCUCUCGCCAGUACCCUCGAUGAACAAAGCGACAGCCAGCGGCGAAACGAAACGAUCUAAAUAAAAUAGCGCACGAAACGUUUUAACAUAACCUCGAUAUAAAACUGGUCUUACGAUGCUUUGUCUCAACGACGCGACAUUCAUAGUGUAAUUCAAAAUUCCAACUCUCGACCCUCUACCUACAGCUGUAUUUAUUACUUCUACACCUGAUAUUGUGCUACAAAACCGAAAAACUUGACAAUGAAACGUUACGAGUGUGAGAAAAAUUCUUUGAUCUUUAGUCGAACCAGGUUAUAUUUCGCUCGAAUUGCUUCAACAAAAACGUAACAAUACACAUGUAUACAACUAUCUACUUUUUCUCAUCGGAGUCGUCAGAUAUUUUCGCCAAACGCACUACAAAUCCAUCGUCAAGAGCUUUCGGUUCAUUUUCCAUCCGCACUUCCGCACAUAUUAACUCCUGUCGUCGCCACCGUCGUUCGUCAACGUGCGCUUCGCAUGCCAUAAAAUAAUCCGAAGUUCUGGGCGUAUCAUUUUUUCUUGAAAGAGAUACUUGGGAAGAUCAGAGAUGAUUCGACGACGGACAAACACACGCUCAUUCGGUAUUCAACAUUUUUCUAUUCUGUCGUAGAUUUUCGUUUCCUCAAGUUCUUGUUGAUAAUUUUUAACCAAAUGCGACUAUCAUGUCGAUAAAAGCGAAGGAAUCGUAGACAAUUAAACUCCGUUAUUAAAGCAUAAAGCGAAAAUCUUUGUCCUCUAACAAAAUGAUUGCGAUGCGUACUCGCUUCCUCCAAAUAAAAUUUGUGACGAGAAUAUUUAAUAGUAGGGUUAACAUAUGACUAUGCGAUGUUGACUAUUUGCGGUUAUGUUAUGAUGUUGCGGUUAUACAAUGUGGCAUGAUUGACGUAUAUCUACUUACAACACAUAUUAGUACAACGUAUUUAUAUACUUAUUAAAUAUCGAAUUAGAGCAGUAUAUAUUAUAUCGAUAAAUGAAAUUACAUUGGAAAAAAAAUCUUGUAUGCCACGAAAUUGUGAUUUUUACGAUCAGGGUGUUGAUAUUUCUCAUCCAUAAAAAACGUUAGGUUCUAUUUUGAAAUAAAUUACGAGAAAACUUCGUAUCUCCAUAUCUUGGGAAUAGAAUCUUUUUCGAUCUACGGAUAGGCUUUUUUCAGGUAAAAUACUCUUAAUUAUGACUAAAAACUUCUCUUUCCACUUUUAGUAUUGUGUCGGUGAAGGAGGAAAAAUUCUGAAAUAUAUUCCGCCGUAGGUAAAAUUAGAAGAAAAUAUAAUGCCCGAGUAAUUCGGUACGAGAGCCCAUGCGUAUGACUUUUCGGAACUUUCGUGAAUAUUAUUUUUCGACUCGAUUUGGUACAGGUGUUAUUGACGAAACUCGACCGCAUGACCUUCAAGCCAAACGAUGCUUUCGCGCGACUGUUAUCAGUGAUUACAAGGUUAUGUACAUUCUCACACGCAUGAUCGGAUGCAGAUUUUGUUCAGAAGCGAUUGGGAAUAAACCGGGCGAAAAAAACGAGGUUGAAGUGAUGGAUACUUUUAUUUCUCACUGUUUAUAUAUUAUUUUUCUACAGUGUUCAAAGUAGUUAUGAUUUGAUUAUCGCUGUUGCAAGCCUGUAAAUAUAGAACACUUCUUUCUUUUGCAACAAAAGAUUCAAUAAUAUUAUUUUCCAAAUAUAAAAUACUAUUAAGCUAUUUUUACCGCUUUCCAUGUAAAAUCGUUCGAUAAAUAAUUAAAAAAUUGAUCGACCUACUUUGUUGUCACGUAAUAUUAAAACAGAGGCGUUUGCGCGUAUUUUUUAGAUUCGAGUAUAUAAAUUUUGUUUGAUUCUGCCAAGCAUCGCGAAAUUUCAUCAUUCCCAUGAUGCAACAUCUUAAUUUAAAAAACUCAAGAAAAACAGUCCUCGGGCAUGCAAUUAAAAUUAAGAUUGUUCACAAAUCAGCAGUAAGCAACAGUUUCAAUAAAUAAUUAGAAAAAAAAAAUACUGCAUCCCUUGUGGGGAUCGAACCCACGACCUUUGGAUUAGAAGUCCAACGCGCUAUCCUCUGCGCCAAAGGGACUUGAGAAUUUUUAAUAUAAUGGACCAUUUGGUGUCGUUGCUCACUCUUACAUCACAAUUCCGUCAAUUGUGCUGAUUUAUCGAUCGAUAUUAUGAUAAAAAUACUUAAUUUUUCAGUAGAAAUUUUCGAAAAAAAUUUCGGAGCCGAUUCUAACAUUUUAUACCAAUGCGUACAUUCUACCUACAUAACUGAGGGAAAGUAAAAAUAUUGCGUUACAAGAAUUUUCAUCACAUUUUUCAUGGCAAAAAAACGUGUAAAUAAAGGAAACGACUUUGACGUUUGUGGA